ACAUGACUUUGAGUACAUGUGCCGACAACUCAACAUGGAGGAUUCCUCGGCAGAAAUUAUGGCACAGAUUGGUCUGGUUACAGACAGUCGGAUCUCCUUCCAGGAUUUUAUACAGUCCCGAUCACAGAUUCUGGCAGACUCGGACCCCGGUCAGUACAUGGACGAUACCGGGAUAGAGUCUGACCACAGUGGCCUGGUCAAACAGCCUCAGGCCAAUAUCACCUCAUGGCCGACGAUGAGCAGCGACAGUUUUGGAGCACACUCGGGUAAACCCGACAGUGUCGACUAUGACAGUGGAGCACGAGAUAUGAGCCCAGAACCACCUUCUCUCCAAGCCUUGAUGGAAACCCACGACCCAAGUAUCGCCCAACAGGCGCACGGUGAUAGCAACACUAACGACAUGUUGGACCUCGCAAACCGACUCCACCUAGCAGCAAUCACAUCAUUGAAAGGAGAGCUAAUCGAGUUGAACAACCGAUUACAGUUUAUUACCGGCGAAAGAGACAGUUUGGAAAAACAGCUCAACAAGUCACAGACGGACCGACUUUACUUCCAGCGAGACUGCGAAGACAGAUUGGAGCAGACAACGAGUCGAUAUGAGGAGAGAAUUACAGAACUCCACUCGGUCAUUGCGGAACUUCGCAAAAAAAUUGAACGUCACCAUAUCAACGUCAUCAAAGAGGAAGAGGAAGAAGUUGAGGAAUCUGAUGCUGCAGUCCACAGUACUAAGAGCAACAAUGGCGGCAGUACUCGCGAAAAUAUCGCCGGGGAGUCGCAGGCCAGCAUUGUUGAGGCAGGAAAUGACCUGAACUCAGAGCUAUCUCGAGUCGUCAACGAGUUAGAAAGUGCCAUUGACGAAAGGAAGCGCAUAGCAUCAGUUGUCGUGGAUGACCAGGAGGAUGUUGAUCUCGAAGAGGAUGCUAAUGAAACUGGGGAGGAUGAUAGUAUUGAAGAGAAGGCUCUUGAGGCCUGUAAACAGAUGGAGGCGUUUGAUUUUGAGUCAACCCCCCCUCCAGCUCCUCCUCCACGUGACCCCCGUCCAGCGACUUUCCAUCCUCCUCCCCCACCUCCUCCGAACGAGUUCCCUGAACCAGCUUACCUGCAGGAGGAAAUCAACAGCCUGAGGGCGGAGACUAGCACCAUGCAGGAGCAGAUUGGCAGGCAGGAGGCGGAGCUUAAUAUGUAUAAGGCAGCACUAGACAGUAUCAGAGAGGAGAGAGAUAGGUUUAAAAGAAAGGUGAAAGACAUUCAGUCUCGACAGCAGACAUACGACCUGGCCUCAAGUCCUCAACACAGUCGGACGGCCACACCGACAAAACCUCAACACCUUACCCCUAGUGGAGACAGGUCAACUCCGGCUUCAUCCACAAACGAGUCAUUCCCUGUUGCUAAGGUCGCAGAGCUAAAGAAGCUAAAAACCUGUGCUAGUGAGCGACAGAUCUUGGGGGCAGAGAUUAGCUCUACAGGGUUACCUAACACCAAGGUGGCGGAGCACCUGGUACAAAGCCUACAGGAGUGUUCUAACAUGCAGGAGAUCUUACAGACUCUAUAUAAGUGUGGCAAUGAAAUGUCCGACAAUAAACUCAACGAGUUUGAAUUAGAAUUCGAAAGACUUCAGAGUAAAAUAGACAAUUUAAAGUCACAAAACGACUUGUUGCUACUUACACUUGAAGAGAGUAAAUCCAUGACCGAUCGUCUAACGGUGUUGAUGGGUAAAUACGAGUCAAACCACACAGCACUCCAGCUGGCUCUGGGGUACUCCGACCAGACCAUGGAGGCAUAUGGUGUCUUACUCGGACUGGUGGAGAGCGAGUUGGCAGUCGUUCUGUGUAACUGUCAAGCUGCAGGAUUAACAGGUCAAGCUGAAGGGACACAGAGAGAUGCCAGUCAGAUGGAAGCUAUGGCCCAGCGAGUCGCCCAAAGUCGGCGGACCGCGGAGAACAUGGUAAAGCAUCUGUUGCUGAAGCUGGACAGAAAUGUUGGGAUCUACAGUGGAGCUCAGGCCUCCAACCCCUGGGAGGAGAUGUCCACUUCUAGUGCAUCAAGUUCUAAAGCUGCUAUGGACGGUGAUUUUAACAAGAACGACGAACAGCGGAUCAGAGAGUACAUUCAGUGCCUUAAAAACAGUCGGGCGACCGUCAAAUCAACCAUUAUGGAGAUCGAAAGUAUCCACUUGGAACCCCAAGUCCAGGAAAAUCAUCGGAGCGUGGAGACUCAGCGACUUGAUCUGGAAAAUGCUGUGCUGAUGCAAGAACUGAUGGCGAUGAAGGAAGAGAAGACAGAACUGAAGUCUAGUAACUACUUACUUGAGAAGGAGAAACGUGCACUAGAACUAAAACUGUCGAGUCGUGAGUCGGAGGAACAGGCUCAUCUCCUACAGAUAGAACACCUCAAGUGUGAACUACAGGAGAGAGAAUCUCAACAUUCACAUGAUGAAGAAAAUGCAGGAUUUUCAUUGGUUGAUUAUAUGUCAAGUAAUCCUGAUUUAGGAAAGGAAUUAUCUGAAGCAGCCAAGCGUGAAAAGAAGUUAAAGGCUCGUGUUCAAGAGUUGGUAGUCACACUUGAGAAAUUAUCAAGAAAUUCAGAAAUCCGACAUCAGCAAUCAGCUGACUUUGUGAAUGAUCUUAAACGGGCUAACAGUGCCUUGAUAUCAGCCUUUGACAAAUCAAAGAAGAAAUACCAGAGUAAAGUCAAGAGGAUGGAGCUCCAGAUGCAGGCGUUAACGGAACGUUACGACACUCAGAUUCAACUGAUCGGCAAAAAGCUAGCUCUGCAGGAACCUGAAGUGGUGAUGUCACAGUCCCGACCAGCACCUAAUGAGACGUCGCUAUAGCAAUGACUGUGUCCACCAAUGAAAUCACACCUUUAGAGACUGUAUUAACCAAUCACCAUGCUGGAUUGAUGAUACUUUGACUGGAACUAACCUGGAUGAAUGGAGAUUGCUUGCUAUUGUGAUUAAUUACUUAGAUCAGUGCUAGCAUUUUCCCAGUGCAAAUGGUAUACCUGGAACAUCCUGUAGUGUUAAACCUUUUACACAACUUUCAGGAGAAACAGGUUCAACCAUGCUAAUGGAAAGCAGGUUACGGACUCCAAGCCAAACUUGGCAAAGUGAAUUCUCCCAAAAUGGAUGAUUAUAUUUUGUGUAACAUUUCAGUUUUACACAGACACUUCAGAAGGUCAGUGUACUGUUAUGAGACAGAGUUAUGCAGUUUGUGAGGACUUUCUGUCAAAGGCAUAGGAAGUUCUAGAACUGGGCAGAAUUUGGUGUUACAUAAAGUCCAUGUUGGUUUCAAUAUCAGGUGUUUGUGUGUGGAGAUAAAGUACUGUAUCGGCUGUGAUUUCUUGGUUAGUGUGAAUCUGUUUCAGAAGUUGUACGAAUCAACAGGAAAUAAGUGUAAUCAACAGAAAAUAAGUGUUGGACGGAUUCAAUGAAAGUGUUUCUGAUAUGAUGUGUUUUUAUACUGCAACUGUGUUAAGAGAGAAUGAUUAUGAGAGAAUUCAGAGGAAUUCAGAAGGGUUCAGUAGAAUAUCUGAAAGGCAUCUGAAAAGGAUUUUUAUAUUUGUAUGAUUGUCAAUGGAUCUGGAAUCUGUGGGUGUUUUAAUGUCUUGUGAAUAUACACAAAAAAUAAAAAUGUGACUAAAUGCAUGAAUUGGAACAAAACCAUGUAAUGGAGGUAAAAGUAUCAAGUUAAACUGAAAAGUUCAAAACUGUUGUAGCCAUGUUGAAAAACUUCUGUUGUUAACUGAGAAUUUAGUUCAAUGUUUGUUGUAUUAAAGUAUUUAUCAACAAAUAAGCCCCUGCUAUAAUUUUGAAGAAUCAUCAGUUUUAAGAUUGUAAGGUAAAAGAGGUUUACAAAAAAAAGCCCUCCCCAAACUAAAAUAACAGCUUAUACACUAGGAAGUCAUUUGAGGAGAAAUACAGUACUAUACUAAUAUACAAGGGAGGGGCUUAUUUAAUGAUAAAUACAGUACUAAACUAAUAUACUAGUGAGGGGGCUUAAUUGAGGAUAAAUACAGUACUAAGCUAAUAUACUAGUGAGGGGGCUUAAUUGAGGAUAAAUACAGUACUAAGCUAAUAUACUAGUGAGGGGGCUUAAUUGAGGAUAAAUACAGUACUAAGCUAAUAUACUAGUGAGGGGGCUUAAUUGAGGAUAAAUACGGUACUAAACUAAUAUACUAGUGAGGGGGCUUAAUUGAGGAUAAAUACGGUACUAAACUAAUAUGCUGGGGAGGGGGCUUAUUUGAGGAUAAAUACAGUAAUAAGCUAAUGUACUAGUGAGGGGGCUUAUUU